AUGAGGUUUCUUUAUUGUCAUACUCUUGUCGCUCAUGGUGACGGCGGCUACAAUGCUAAUGUCACCUCUGUAGGUGGCUUAUACGAAGAAUACAGUGGUUUCGCAUGGAGAGCCCCGUACUGGAAAUUGACGAUCGGAACACUUGCAAUUGAUGAUGAUUGCAUUCCGAAGUUUAUGUUCUACGCAAGAGCUGCUCCUUCAACGACAUCACCUUUAACUACUGUCGUACCGUCAACAACAUCGUCAGCAACAACAACAAACCCAGUUCCAUGUACUGAUAUGAAAGAGUCAUGCAGUACUUGGGCAGCAGAUGGUGAAUGCCGAAAAAGUCCAGAUAUCAUGUUGGUCCUUUGUAAGAAAAGUUGUAAAGCCUGUACAACCAAGCCACCUGGUAAACUCACCAGACAUCUAUCAGUGUUGAUUGAACUGCCCUUUGAGUUGAACGCAGGAACAACCACAACUAAUCCACCAAAAGCCUGCGUCGAUGAGUACUCUUCUUGUUCGAAUUGGGCUAUGCUCGGUCAAUGUGAAAGGAACCCCCGCUAUAUGAAAGACACAUGCAGAAAGAGUUGUCGAGAAUGCUGGGGCUCCACUUACUGAUCAUACUGCUCAACUAAUGAUUAUGUUAUUCGAAUUUGCAAGAAAGCAUGCAACGGAUGUUAAUUUGAAUAUAUUUUAGUGAACAAUGAUAACU